CGGGCGCGGCCAGCUGACUGACAGCUCGCGCUGGCCGGUGCCUCAGAAGGACCCGGCUCUGGGGCCGGAGCAGUGGCCGCAUUCCCGAGCCCGACGGCGCCCGCUCGCUCCUGGUCUGCCCGGCCGGCCGGCCGGCCCCCGCCGCGAUGCCUUAGGGCCCCGUGGGCCGCCCCAGAGGACUCAGUCCCGGUGGCCAGCGGCUCCCAAGCAGCUCACGUGCGCUCAGCCUCAGGCUCCCGCUGACGCACCUGGGAACCUCGCUCACCAGCCCCCACCUGGCAUCCUUGCCGGCAGUGCCCUCCACCCCCCCGAGCCAUGGAGGCCCCCGAGGUCCCCGUGGGCUCGCUGAUUGACUUCGGGGCCGGGGCCAAGCCAUCCACCUCCUCGCCCCUGGAGAUGCUGUCCCCAAAGCUGCAGGACGGGGACAGCUCCCCGGGCGAGGGCGCGUCGGAGAGUGAGACCACAGAGUCGGCCGACAGCGAGAACGACAUGGGCGAGUCGCCUUCGCACCCGUCCUGGGGCCAGUGCCGCCGCUGCUCUUCCAGCGAGUCCUUCUCCUCCAACCAGAGCACCGACUCGGCCAAGGAUGCGGAGCUGCUGGAGCUCCGGGAGUUCAUGCGCGGCUACGUGGAGAAGAUCUUCUCCGGAGGGGAGGACUUGGACCAGGAGGAGAAAGCCAAGUUCGGAGAGUACUGCAGCAGUGAGAACGGAAAAGGCCGGGAAUGGUUUGCCCGGUACGUGAGCGCCCAGCGCUGCAACUCCAAGUGCGUCUCGGAGGCCACCUUCUACCGCCUGGUGCAGUCCUUCGCGGUGGUCCUAUUUGAGUGUCACCAGAUGGACGACUUCGGGCCUGCAAAGAACCUCAUGACCAUGUGCUUCACCUACUAUCACAUCGGUAAACCACACCUGCUCCCCUCCGAGUUCAAGGAGAAGCCGGCCGGGAGCAUCGACUCCUACUUGAAGUCGGCCAAUAGCUGGUUAGCGGAGAAGAAGGACAUCGCCGAGCGGCUUCUGAAGAACACGUCGGCCAAGACGGAGAACGUCAAGGGCUUCUUCGGGCUGGAGACCAAGCCCAAGGGGCCCCUGGCCAGGAGAAGCGAGGAGAAAGAAGGCAAGUCCCAGGAGAAGCCACGGAAGACGGUGACUGUGUGCAGCCCAGAGGAGGAGAGGAAGGGGGAGAAGAUCUACCUGUACACACACCUGAAGCAGCAGCCCAUCUGGCACACGCUGAGGUUCUGGAACGCGGCCUUUUUCGACGCUGUCCACUGUGAGAGGAGAAAGCGGUCUCCCACCACCAGAGGGGAUGCUGGAGAGGAGGAGAAGAAGAGAGAGAGGUGGUGCCACAUGACCCAGGAGGAGCGGGACGACAGCCUACGGUUCAACGAGAACAUCACCUUCGGGCAGCUGGGCACGUUCACGCACAACAUGCUGGCGUUCGGGCUGAACAAGAAGCUGUGCAACGACUUUCUGAAGAAGCAGGCGGUGAUUGGCAACCUGGAUGAGGAGCAGUACAAGCUGCUGAGUGACCACAUCGAGCAGAUGGCCGCCGAGUAGGCCUCGGCAGUUGGCCCGAGGCUCCCCCAGGAGGACUGUGGGUGCGCGCCUCCCUCCCGGGCCCACGGCUGGCUGUCACCCCCCCGCCCCCGCAUGACAUUGGCAGCACCCAGAGGCGCCCCCCACCGCCCUAGAACUAGCGGCUAGAAGAAUCUGGUUGCCCGUUUUCCCUGCCUCCCCUCUGCCUGUGUCUGCUCCCCCACCUGCGUGCCAAAGUGUCUCUGGGAUUACACAGCUAACACCGAGGUGACUUUCCAUAUCCCCGAGUGGCAGACCUGCGACGUGGGACCGAGGGGGCGCAGGAGGGAGGAUGCUGGGUCCACGAUGGGCCGGUGUCCAUCGUAGCCUCCUGCGGGAGAGGCUGGGGUGCACAUGGGAGGGUAGGGAAGGGCAGCUGUGGGGUGGCACACGCCAGUGACACAGGGCAGUCAGGAGUGAUGAUUGGGGGCCCCCCGGCAGGGUGGGAUGGGGUUCCUCCCACAGUGGGGUUCCUGCGGAGCGGGGACCAAGCAGAGGGGGCGGGGGCCUCUGAGUGUCGGUCCACGGCUGGUGCUGGCUCUUUUCCGGGUCCCCUCUCCGUGCAGCAGGGACGGGAGUCCCAGGAAGCUCCAGGAGGAGAGGGAGACCCCCUAUUCCAGGACGGGAGAGAGACCGGGGCAGAGGACGUGCCUUCCCGGCUGCAGAAGGCCCGGCCACGGUCAGGGGUGUGGGCGCCGGGAGACGGCACGGCUCCGAGUGGCUGUGUUGGACCCACGUAGCACUCAGGUGUCUGUGUCAGGCUGUCUGAGAUGUCCCCGCGCAGCCGACAGCUUCCUUCUGGAGUGGAGACGCUUCCGCCCCUUGCUCCCUGGGAGUAGCUCGGGGCCAUCAGUCCCGUGACAAGCACAGGCAAGAGAAGCUUCUUCAGCGGCUUCGGGACAACCGCCCUUUCUGAAAGCAGACAGUGCUGCCCUUUAUUUCAAAACAGACAAAAGAAUCUGUGUCAGCGUUACAGGCACCGUGGCAGAGGCCGCUUGUGGCGGUGACUGUGUGAGGCGGGGUAGCGGGGCUUCGGAGGGUCGGGCCCUCCACCCCGGCCGCCUGGGGAAGCCUGUACCUUCCGCCACCCGAGCCCUUGGACCACUUUCCUGUGGACUCUGCGGACACCCCCUCGCCGUCUCAGGUGCCGGGAGCCGGGGCUCUUCCCCCCAGGUUUGUACCAGGCACAGCUGACCAGCCCAAGGGACUGCAGUCUGGCCAGCAGGCCUCCAGCCUGCCAGCAGCUUCCCUGGCGAGCCCGGUUCCCCCGCCCCAGCCCCAGCUCUUGGGCGCUGACAACGAGGCCAGCGGGGCUCCGUCCUUCCCGCCUUGGUCCUUCGUCCCGUGUCCCCGCUGCACCUCCUCCAGCAUGACAAGCACACGCCAGAUACCCAGCCCUCCGGCCCUCCAAGUUUCCCCUCGUGGGGGAUGCCUCCCUGGAAUGUUCCAGAGCAGAGCGUGCGUUGGUUGAGCCGAGGAACGCACAUCCGGGUGAUUGUAAGAGAGAUGACAGGAAACACGGCAGGACCCGAGUGUGCCGGCGUGAGCUGCUCCUCCAGGAGACCUGGGGGGCUGGGGCUUCAGAAACCCUGCUGUUUUCGCAAUGGCGUGUGCGUGCACGCGCACGUGUGUGCGUGUGUGUGUGUGUGUGUGUGGUGGCAGCCUCUCUGGCCGUGUCACUAAACAAAGCACAGCUGUGUCGCCAGUUUGCCUGUCCUGUGCGGGGCGGGCCAUACGGGCCGGAGCGCCUCCACCCGAUGCUGGGCCCAGUGAUAGGACGGGUCUCUAUGGAACGCGUUUCAGAGAAAUCACAUCCAGCUGACGGGUGUGGGGGCCCCUCCUCCAGCGCCUCCUGAAGAUGACGCAGCCCCUCCUGAGACAGCCCCUCCUGAGACGUUCAGCUACGACCCCCGCGUGUGCUGUGCUCCCCCCACCCCCCACAGGAGCCGGGCCACGUGCCCUCGCAGGGCUCUCCCCCUGUGGCCGCGUGUCGUUGGCUUUCUCAGUGGUUAGUUGAAAGGCAUUAAGAUUUUAUUCUAAAGGUGCCCAAAAGACUUAUCCUUGUACAUAGAAGAUUUUUGUACGGACGUUCGAUCCAGUCUGAUUUCUGGAGGGAGACAGUAGGUUCUGGGUCUUCCCAGGGGUGCUGGGGAGCUGGCGGCUCUCUCCCCGCAGGGUGGGGCGGGAGGGCCCGUGCAGCCUUGGAAGGAAAAAUGCAGCUUUGACUUCUUGGGGCUUUUCCAGGCACUUUAACUUCAAGAUGAUCUUGAGACCUUUUUUUUUUCCCAUACAGGCCUCUUGAAAUAGCAGUUGAAGGUAGAAGGAAGGGUUGCUUUGGGUUUUUUCCUCUCCCCUGGUUUGUGUAAAUCUAGCUCCUAAGAGUGGAGUCUGACCCCAGAAGUGCUGCCUGUUGCUUUCAGCCCUACGAGGGGACACUGCCGGAGACCGUGGGCCUCGUGGAGUGACCAGUGUCGGGGUGGCUCUGAGGCUGUCCUGCUGUGUCCUGGUGGCGUCUGCCUUUGGCUGAGCAUUUCACCUCGGAGUGUCUGACCACUGUCACCCGGAGGACGCACGGCGUGCCUAGCAGGAGCUGGCAGCCUGCCUCGCUGACGUUUCCUCUCUCUGUGGCACGAUCUUCCCUCCGAGGCCCGCUCCGAGCAGACAGACACAGGGCGGGCUCUCAGGUCCCAGGGCGGAGAAGUCUCACCCCGCCGUACACACAGGAGGCUCUGGAGAAAGAACUCUGGUGGCCUUCCCUGUAAACUCAGGACCCUUAGACUCAGGGCAGGAAGCGUCGGGUCAUAUCCACGAGGAGAGUUUCCAGUCCCAGUAGGUUCAGGGUCCCGAGCCAGGAGCUUCGAAGGCCUGCGUUAGCAAUGGCAUUUCAGUCUCCUGCUGUCUGCCCUUCAGGGCUAUGUGAAUCGUAAUGAGCCAAAAACAGCUAAUUCUCCCAAGUGAAAAGUACCCUGCUUUGGAAAUAGGAUGGUGUCGAGAUGUGCUUUGUACGUCUUCAGCCUUUGCUGCAGUUUUAGCAAUAUCGUUAGAUGUUUAAGAGGGGCUGUGCUGGUAUUCAGGUUAUAUCUACCGUGUGCGCCCGUUUAAUCGAAGGCAGAACCAAGUUCUGAUAUUGUAAGUUCUUUGUACAGUGAAAGGGAGUAGACCGUGAUUUUCCUAUCGCCGAAAGGGGAGAAAAGCAGACCAAGGAGCUCUUAAGUUGCCAAAAGGAGGGCUGGAGAGAGUCCAGUUCGCGAGUUUUGUGCUCCAGUGAAACCCGGGACGGUCAGGGUCACGGGCAAGCCCCACGCUGGGUUUAGGGCAGAGACCCAGCACUGGAGUCAGAGGUGCCGUCUGACCUUUCUCUUUCCUCCUUCCCGGGAGCUGGAACCAGUGGAGCCCGUACUCACCUCUCCCUGCCCGGUUAGACGGUGAAGUUCAUUGCCGUGGAGAGGUGGCAGGCUUGAGGGUUGCUUUUCCGUCGGCUGUUUCAAGUGCGUUGGUUUAUCGCCCAGAGCACUUGGUAUUGCAGCCUCCCAGUGUGAGAAGCGCAGUGUUUACGCCACAAAGGGGCUUGCGAGGAGUUUUGUUGAACCCAGGUGACCGUGACCAGCAGUCAGGGCUGCAGCUACAAGCCUGACCUUCCUGGGCGUAGCUGCACCCCGACGAGUUGGCUUUUCAGCGAGUGGGGAUCCCAGCAGGUCGGUGCGGUUAGAUCAGCUCUAUGGCCAAAUCACCUACAAUUGAGACAGCUGGGCAGCCAGGGGCCUGAGCCAUUUGCCAGAACAGCAGGGAGCUUGGGAAGCAGGCGGAGAAGGGCCCGGCACCAGCCUCGGGGGAGGGGUAGCAGCCGGGCGGUGCCAGGCUUGUCACCCCCUGGCCACCCUCUUCCUCAGCCACAGGCAGAGCUGCGGGGCUGGGGGCCCAUGGCCCCUCGGUCCCGGGGUUCUUCUCGCAGCGCCCCACCCCCGGCCUUUUAGUUUCCUUGAACCACUGUUUCUGCCACUCAGCCAUCUCCCCGUCUUCCUGCAAAUCACUGAUCCCUUUUUACGAUUCUUGAGGGGGAGUUUCGCUAGAAAAGCCUUUGAAGCUGAGUUCGUACAGGGGAAUGGCAUCGGUGACAAGUGCUCCUAACUGGCUGGUGUGCGACGUUCAGACCUGGGCUGGAGCCAGGCCUUAGUCAAGUCACAUGUCCCAGUACGUCCUUGUCGCCCGGCGGCCGGAAACAGGCCUGUGUGGGUUCUCCAGAUGGUUCCCACCCAGGAGCACCCUCAACGCCAAGACCCUCCGCGUGGCCGGGCCCCCCAGCCUCGUUCUGCCGCCAUCUCCCUGCAGUCCCUCUCCAGCAAGCGCCUCGGGUGGCCGGCCUACCUCGUCCCUGGGUGUCCUGGCGCUGGCCUGUGUCCCUGCGUUGGCUGGUCUGUCUGAGCUUGAGAUGAGUGAAGGGCUGCGGGGGGGAACCUUCCCCCUGGCUGUGUCCCCAGGAGUCAAGGGGACACUGCUCCCGCUCUAGAGUUCUCGGUUACUAUUGGAGAAGGAACACCUUGUCAUUUCCAGGAGCGAGUCAGGACGGUCUGGGUUUGCCCGUCUUCCCAUCACUCUGUGCAGGCGGGGGGGACCCUGCAUCCUCGCUUGUCCCGCAGGGUCAGACCAGGGCGCUGUCGCUUGGCGCCCUCCUGAGCAGCACAGACGGGGUCGCUGAGCUGGAAGGAGGGCUCCUGCUGCUGUGAUGCCCCUCGGACCCCGGGGGGCUGUGCCUGUCCCCACCUUGGUCCUGGACGGUGCACUCGCGGAAAUGAAAGGGAAGUGCUCAGCAGGCCCGGUUCCCACACACAGGCUGCACAUGCGGGCCCUGAUCUGUCCCUGUGCUGGAGGCUUGCUUAGGUUCCCGUGGACGCCUUGAGAUGGACGGGCCGACCAUCUGAACAGUAGGAAAGGCUCGAACUCAAAUGGCAGGUACCUCCCCUUAAGACGUGUCAGCUCGAGAGCUUCGUGGCUCUAACUGUGGCCUCUGGGGCUUCAGGAGGGUCUCCCACGUGCCUCCCCUGUUUCUCUCCCACCCAUUGGUCUCGGACCUGAACUUGCCUUGGCCAUAUCCACGCAUUGCCCUUAGCGGCCCAGAAGCCGGGGUCCGCGACGCAGGUAUGUUAUAUGUACACUUACGCAAUUUCGUGUCCCACGAGGCGACGUUCUACAAACUAUAUUUUCAGGUGGAGAAAGUUUCAAGGUCGAGCUCUCAGAACAGUGCUAAAAUCAAAGCUGUUUCCUGUGAAGAAAAAAAAAACCGUCUAUAUAUUUCACCUCAGAUUGUCAGAAGGCAGAAACUGAAAUAAAUUCUUA